GUUACAAACAGAUAACUACAAAUGCCGGGCAGGGAUGAGUGCAAUGGAUGCUGAUUAUAAAGAUUAGAGCCAUCUAUUCACGCACUACCGAAAGAUAGGCUACAGGAAAGCAAUACGCAGAAACCACUGGAAUCCAGACAGCGAAACGUGGAUUUUGGGGUAAAAUUAUACCCGGAAUAUUGUAGUUCUUUAACAUGUUGGGAUUGGCGUUGCCUGCGAAGAGCAUCUGAGGACUAAAGCGUCACAUCCUGCGUGCCAUCAUCCACAUCAUCUGUGCGGCAGAUCAUAUAUUAUUAGUGUGCUCUAACAUUCACGCGAGAAGCGGAAGGUGACGCGCGCGUUUGCGUUAAAAACAAACUACCGCUGGUUUUUAAUCGAACCAUGUAGCGAGGACGCGUUUGUGACGUUGUCGCUGCACAUCGCGUUACGUCACAUGCUGGUAAAUCCGUCGCGCUUUUUCGCGAUCUGUUUGUUUGCCAAAAGCGGGACGCGGUCGGCGUGUGCUCGUGCCGUGUUUGUUUGUGUAAUGACACUGUUAAGCGACAUCUCUCCGCUCGUAACGCGCAGCAGCUGAUGUUUGAUGGACACUGAGCGCCGUGAAUGAUGAAAAACCGCGAAUAUCAGCAAAUAGAUCCUCAUGCACUCGCGACCCCGACCCCGACGCCUCCACCGCGACCUCUUCCCGAGCACAAGCCCAAACGAGCCCGGAGAAAAUGGGAGGUGUUUCCCGGGAAGAACCGCUUCUACUGUGACGGGCGCAUCAUCGUGGCGCGUCAGAGCGGCGUCUUGCCGCUCACACUGGGACUCAUCCUGCUCACCAGCGGACUCUUCUUCGUCUUCGACUGCCCGUUCCUGGUGAAGCACCUGACCAGCUGCAUCCCGGCCGUCGGAGGGGUCCUUUUUGUGUUUGUGCUCAUCUCUCUUUUCCAGACCAGCUUCACGGAUCCGGGGAUUCUGCCCCGGGCGACGCCGGAGGAGGCCGCAGACAUUGAGAAACAGAUCGACAACCCAACAGGCUCGUCUUCAUCCUACCGCCCCCCUCCGCGCACUAAGGAGGUCCUCAUCAAUCAGCAGGUGGUGAAACUCAAGUACUGCUUCACCUGUAAGAUCUUCCGUCCGCCGCGCACCUCCCACUGCAGCCUGUGUGACAACUGUGUGGAGCGCUUCGAUCAUCAUUGCCCUUGGGUCGGGAACUGUGUGGGAAAACGAAACUAUCGCUUCUUCUACACCUUCGUGGUCUCGCUCUCCUUCCUCACGGCCUUCAUCUUCGGUUGUGUAACCACGCACCUGGCUCUGAGGUCACAAGGAGGAAAUGGGUUGGUUGUUGCUCUCCAAGCGAGUCCUGCCAGUGCUCUCGAGUUAGUGGUUUGCUUCUUUUCUGUAUGGUCCAUUUUGGGCCUCUCAGGCUUCCAUACAUACUUGGUGGCUGCAAAUCUUACUACCAAUGAGGAUAUUAAAGGUUCAUGGUCAGGGAAAAGUGGAAACGAGGACGUUGGGAAUCCUUACAGCUACAACAGUAUGAUGAAAAACUGCUGUUCUGUGCUCUGUGGACCCAUGCCGCCCAGUUUGAUUGACAGGCGAGGUUUUGUGCCCUCCGAUGACUCCGUCCAGACCAGUCCGGUGGAAAUCGAACUUCCAGCUGCCAAAAACGACAUAAACAUGGAAAAAGAUUGCCUGGAUUUCGCCCUGUCUUGUGUCAGCUGAUGGUUCAGUGGGCAGAAGUAGGGGAUUGUGGGGAGGUUGGUAAGACUCAGGAGCGUGUCCACAGAUUCCUGUAGGUGGCGUCACAUCGGCUCCACGUGCUUUAGGCCUGCAUGAUGCUGACAGAGCAUUACAGAUGAUGUGUUACAGCAUCAGCACUGCUCCUCCCAUUCUGACUAUCCACUAUUUCAUGUUUAGUUUGUGUGCAAUAUAUUUUGGACUUGGACUUUGAUUGUCAAGCUGCAUUAUCAUGCUGUGAACCAAAAUCAACGAUAAAUCACAAACCAUUUUCUCUCCCUCCUGUUCCAAACCUGUAUAAUUACUUCUGUGAAUAACACUUCACAAGAUAAUCACGAGACGUUUAGCUGAAUGUCCUAGUGGUUCUUUCGCAUAUAGUGAAUGCAUGUUGAGGCCUCACAGCCCCGGUUUACCAUUCACAAUUUUUUAAUAAGCUCUUAAGUUUAUAUUAUUGACUUGUUACUUUUAGAUUUCCAUUAUUAAUUACAACAAAACUCAUAUGAAAACCCAGUCAGUAAAUAUGUGACAUAAGUGUCUAAAAUAUACAUCACAGUGGUUUUUGGGUUUGGUCAUAUCGACGCUGCGGUUGUGGUUUAGUGAGUGACGCGCUGAUAGAGCGAGAAUGAUUCAUACGCGUCUGUGAAUCGGACACCACGGCUCACGUUGUGUUUAUUGUGUGUCAGAAGAUACCGAUGCACUUUCUA